AUGGCAAAACAAGAGACAACCCUAAACUAUGAUGAACAUGAUGUUCAUCCAAGUAAUUAUCUAUUAACUAAUCCAACAACACCACCAUCCUCUUUGACCAAUCAAUCAUCAUAUGAUCUAAAGAAAGGUGGAUCUGUUAAUAUAUCAUUACCAACUCGAUUGAUUAGAGCCGUUUACAAUAAUAACUUUGCAGAGAUUGAUCAAUUAUUAAAUACUCAACCUGAUAUGGUUAAUAUUGCUGAGCCUAUCAAUGGUUAUACUCCACUCAUGUUGGCUGCUGAGAAUCCAAAUGAUCAAAUAUCAUAUCUUGUUUGUAAAAGAUUAAUAGAAGCUGGAGCACUCAUUAAAGUGAUGACUAAAAGAGGACAUACUCCAUUUGGACAGGCUUGUUCAUUUGGUAAUUUAAAGGCUGCUCAGUAUAUGGCUGCCGUUGACCAAUCACUCAUCGAUGAAAUCCUUCCAGUUCCACCUAUUGUAGUGGCCGCUGAAAAGGGACAUUUAAAGGUAGUACAAUGGUUGGUAGAAAGCGGUGCCUAUAUUAAUGCACAAUGUGUCAAGGCGUCAAUGGGUAACAAAGGUAUCACAUGUCUACACCAAGCAAGUUGCAAGGGACACCUAGAUAUUGUACAAUUUUUGGUUGAAAGAUACAACUUUCCAAUCGAAGACUGUUCCAAUAAACUAUCGUGUACGUCUCUAUACCUUGCCAUUGAACAGAAUCAACUGGCCAUUGCAGAAUACCUUUUACAAAGAGGUGCCAACCCAAAUACACCACGAUCCGAUGGUGUCUCUGGUUUGGCCAUUGCAUCAUUCAAAGGAUACACAGAUAUGGUACAACUCAUCAUCAAAUACAAUGCCAACCCAAAUCAACAAACCCUCUCUGGUCUAACAGCUUUGGAUUAUGCCAUUAAACAAGGACAUCAAUCAAUUGUACAAUUAUUACUUCCAAUUACUAAAUCAAAUAAUACAAAUACAACAAACUAUACAACAACGACAACAACAACAACACCAUUGAAAUCAAAUAAUAAUAAUAAUAAUAAUAACGAUACUAUAUUUGCCAAACCAGCACCAAAAAUACCAUCCUCUAUGAUUAUGAAUAAUCAUAAGAUAUAA